AUGCUGUUAUGGAACAUGGAUGAAGCAAGCAGGAAGUUGAUUCUCCAGCUCCUGAUGCAAGAUGCACUGGAGGAGUCCAACAGGCACAAGGGAAAACAGAGGGCUGGGGUGUUUACAGACGGUGAGUUGGCUAUGCAAGAGUGGUCUGGUCAGCUCAACCAGUCCUCCAUAUUUAUUCAGGAUCACCAAAUGGCGUUAAGCAUGGCCAAUGCCGUAUCUGGAGAUGGCGUCGCUCUCACUCUUGCAGCCCAGGAAGAGGACAGAGCGUUUGCAGACCGAAAGCUGGCUUUCCAACUCGCUGGCAAAACCCCGCCGGCACAUGAACAGCCCUCGGCGCACGAACAACCUUUGAGGCUCGUUGAUACUGUGUUCUCUGAAGGAUUCGCUUCUCAGAUAGAUGCCCAAAACGAAUUCUUGAGGGAAAACCACCCUAACAAAAGACGCUGCGUGGCCGAAAGUUCCAAGGCCGCCGAGAGUCGUCAAUUUAUUACUGUAGUGCAGGCUGAGUGCGCGGCUUGCAACGACAAAAAGGCUGCUUACGACAUGAUUCAGGCAUAUUGCCCACAUUGGUUCUGCAAAGACUGCAUAACUCACUUGGUUAAGGACGCCCUCAAAGACCAGUCGCUCUUCCCUCCUAGAUGCUGCCGCAUACCAAUACCUCCAUCAGAGUUGAAGAAACACAUCGAUGCGGGACUUGUCAGGAGCUUUGAAGAGAAAGAAAUUGAAAACAAUGACCCUUACAGAACCUACUGUUCAAACGCCCAUUGUGCGAAAUAUAUUCCACCUCCACAAGUGGUGGGAUAUGUCGGCAGUUGCCACACAUGCCACGCGAGAACAUGCACAUUGUGCAAACGACUUGCCCAUGACGGCCCAUGUCUUGACGAAGAGACUGAAAUAAUGGAAUUAGCGAAGCAGUCUGGAUGGCAACAGUGCCCCAAAUGCCAUCAUCUCAUUGAAUUGAAUACCGGCUGCAACCAUAUCACAUGUCGCUGCCGGUAUGAAUUUUGUUACCUUUGCACUGCGAAGUGGAAAAACUGCGGCUGUGCAAGGUGGGAUGAGGACAGACUAUAUGAUAGGGCUCGCGUGGUUGCAGCUCGAAAUGCUGAGAGGCCACCUGCACAAGAAGAUGUUAGGGAAGUGAUAGAAAGGAUAAGAGGGACACCCUGCCGGCAUCAACAUGCCCCCGUUUGGAGACGCGUCGAGGCCCCGGACAUUGAUGACGAGGAUGAAGAUAGCGGCGAGGAAGACAGCGACGACGACGGCUUUGAGUGUGAGAUUUGCGGCGACGUGCUUCCGAAUUUUAUAAUGGAAUGCCCUAACUGUGAGCUCCGGGCAUGCCUGCGCUGCAAACAGCACCGCCUGUAG